AUGGUUUGGAUGCUUUGCAUCUUCACCCAGGCCGGGUGGUCCUACAAGCUUUCGAUAAAGCUCAACAAGACGAAGCCCAACGUGAAUGUGUCGGAUGUGGUCCAGAAUCUCAGCGGGUAUGUUGCCGGCAUGCUAGUCGGCGAAAUGCAGGAGUCUGACUUCUUAUUGCCCGACAUGGAGAAGAAGGGUGAGAAGGGCUCCGAGAGCUCCGAGAAGGGUGAGAAGGGCGGGGGCAUGGCUGACUUGGGCAAGAGCCUGGAGUUCUUGAUGCUGAAAGUCGCCCAGCUUGAAACCCUCGCGGAAAUGCAGCAGGCUAUGAUCGGUAAGCUGCUGAAGAAGAUCGAUCCCGAUGAUGCGGAGGUCUCACUGGCCCAGAAGACUUCCGAGGAGAGCAUGCAGGAAGCCCAUGACAUCCUGCAGAGGGUGAUCCAGAAGCACGCCCACCAGCGAGAGCACCGGCAGUACCAUCCAGAGGCCCACCAAUCGAAGCCGCAGCACAAAGAGGAGGUUGAGGAGCUGGAGGAAGACGAGGAGGAUGAGGAGGGCCCAGGCGAGCAGAAGCCUGGACAGCGCAGGGCCCUGAUUCAAAAGCGAGGAAAUUUGAUUCCCGGCAUUCCAACGCCUGGCCUGAGGCGCCGAGUCGUACCAGCACCACCCAUUAUUCCCAAGAAAGUGCCCUCAGUUCCCAGUGUGCCCGGUCUGCCAUCAGUGCCCGGUGUGCCCUCAGUGCCCGGUGUGCCCUCAGUGCCCGGCCUGCCAUCAGUGCCCGGUCUGGGCAUUCCUGGAAUGCCCGGACUUCCCGGUGUUCCCAACCUUCCGGACAUUCCCGCACUGGUUGCGGCUGCCGUCGAAAGGACGGUGCGUGAAGGCCAAUUUGGUGCGAAUUGUCCAAGACCUGAUCCAGGAAUUGGGGCUGACGGGGCCAAGAUCUACGUCAACUUUGGGAGAUGGCACUGCUCGGCCACCAUCCUGGGGCGAAGCAUUACACUAUACGACUUCGAUUUGGGCCGGAGGGAGGUCAACGUGCAUAACAUGCUGCCCUCACAGUUGAGGCAGAUUGCCAGUGGUGACAUCAUGGGGCUCAUGCCUGCCCCUGUGAAGCUUGUUGCAGAGACUACGUACGAGGCUAUCCGGACGGUGUUCAGUGUGGGUUGGGAGCUGAUGCAUUGCCAACACCGUGGCCACCACCAUGAUCUGAUUCGGUGUCUUGCACAUUGGGUGUAUGGCCUCGUAAAUCCUUUGCCCUGGUUGCCAGAGCCCGUCAAGCUGGUCGCAGGUUCAGCGCACGAGGCCGUCCGGACAGUGUUCAGCGUGGGGUGGGAGCUAAUGCAUUGCCAACACCGUGGCCACCACCAUGAUCUGAUUCGGUGUCUUGCACAUUGGGUGUAUGGCCUCGUAAAUCCUUUGCCCUGGUUGCCAGAGCCCGUCAAGCUGGUCGCAGGUUCAGCGCACGAGGCCGUCCGGACAGUGUUCAGCGUGGGGUGGGAGCUAAUGCAUUGCCCAGACCGCGGCCACCAUCAUCAUUUGAUCGCAUGUCUUGGCCGUUGGGUUCAGCACUUGGCCCCACCGCUGAACUGGAUGCCCGACCCCGUAAAGACACUUGCGAAUGGCCAGAUAACGAGCCUCUUGCCGGGACAGUUGAACCAGAUUGUUAGCGGUGACAUCAUGGGGCUCUUACCCGGACAACUGAACCAGAUUGCCAGUGGAAACAUCUUGGGGCUCAUGCCUGGGCCAAUGCAGCUUCUCGGAGGAAGCGAUCCGAACUCUAUCGCGAACAUGAUCACAAUGGGUAAGGAGCUAAUGAAGUGCUCUGAGGCAGCAGCGAAAGGUGACUUGGUCCAGUGCCUCGGCUACAAGAUCAUCGGCCGUGUGCCUCCCCUGAACUUCUUGAACCGCUUGGGCGAUAUCUUCGAAGAGUUCAUCGCAGCCUUCGCCAAGGUGGCCUCGAAGUUGGCGACUCAAGCCAUAAAGGGAGGGGAAUCGCUGCUGCAGACAGCGGCCACCACGGAGUUCCCCUCUGCCGGCACUCAGGCGAUGGUGCAUCACAGAGGCACCAACCUCGUCAUCACGAAGCACUCGCAGAAGAUGCCCGGCAAACACGCCGAGUUGCUGCAGGAGUUGGCCACCCUGGAGGCCCAAGGCGACGGCGAAGAAGAGGACGACAAGCCACCGGCCGGCGUGAAAUGGAGUUUUCACGACUAUGGAGCUGAGACCCACGAGCUGGUUACGCAGUUCAACGGCAGGGAGACCGUGACUGGAUCCUGCUUGGCAUUCGCACCCCGAACGAAGACGGGCAGCAAUAACCAGGCCACCAAAAAGGAUUGGCAGGCGGAGACAGAGGACGACUUCGUGAAGCUGGAGCCUUGGGCGGUGCCUUGUGGAGCCGAGUGGAUCAAGGACCAUUGGGACAAGUGGCAGGGAUAUUCCUUUUAUUCGGUGGGUACCUCGAUUGAGAAGUGUGUGACGGUGACCUUCGAGUUGAACAUGCAGCCCGUGGUCGCCUUUGUCGGCGGUGUGCAAUUCGAUCUACUUCCGGGCCCACUGGCCGAAAUCGACUCCACAGUGUGCUGGCCCAGAUACCAGCCGGGUGGGCUUGACCUCAGCGUCCUGCGCUCCGAGAUCAGGUCCAAUGGUGUCAUGCUGUUCAGCCGGACACUGCGCCUGGCAAAGAGGUUUGGCAGCGACACACACUUCACGUCUGAUAAUGUCCAUGGAAGCCAUCAAACCUCGGAAAGCUUCUUUGGGGUUUCCGCGGCAGAGGGAGAGAGUGGAACUGCCAUGGAAUACAUGUCAAGGACUUCACUGCUGCAAAGCAACCGCAGCAGGACACACGAGAAGGCUUGGCUCAGGGAAUCCUUGUACUGGAAGACGGAGGAGGACGAUCUCUACUUGGCUUCGAUCGAGAUUGGGAAGGACCUGGGCAUCAACAAAACCUCUGAAGCGCGAGGGCCUUUGCGGAGCAAUUCGCCGCGAUUUUGA